UUUAUUAAAUAAUAAAAUUAAUCGAAUGAUAAAAUUACUUGAUAAUAGAUUGAGUAUAGAAAAAAAAAAAAAAAAAAAAUGUGUAUAUUUUGAUGAAUGAUUUUUUUGUAUAAAAUAAAAUCUCGUCAUGUUGACAUUCGAGGAUUCAAUCACAACAUGGACAAGUGAGGUCACUGCAAUGCUUCACCAGGUGUCCUACUGUAAUAGCACUAAUUUACUUGGAUGUGUUGAACAAUGUGGUCUAAUUCCCAUUGGCUAUGAUCACUUGUGUACAGUUGAACAACAUGUCAAUGACAUAAUUCAUAAUACAACUGAUGUUAACAAUACAAUUAUACCAUAUACAACAUUAUUUUGUCGUCCAUGUGAUUAUACAAAUUGUGAAUAUAAUAUAUCACUUGUUAUAAAUGGUUUUAAAAAAAUUGAGGGUACAUUUUUAUCUAAAAUAUCAAAAUUUAGAGACUGUAAUACGAGCUUAAUAAAUGAUGUUUUAGAAUGUUCAACAACGUCUAAUUUAACAAUGGAUGAUCUUACAAUAUCUUGUUUUCGUCGUAGACAUCAUACAGAAAUAUUUAAUGGACGUAAAGUUGAUUGGAGCUUUUUAUUUGUUGUUGUAUUUAUUGCUGCUGGUGGACUUGGAAAUAUUUUAGUAUGUUUAGCUGUUUGUUUGGAUCGUCGACUUCAUAAUGUCACAAAUUAUUUUUUAUUAUCACUGGCUGUUGCUGAUUUAUUGGUAUCACUAUUUGUGAUGCCACUGGGUGCAAUACCAGGAUUACUUGGAUAUUGGCCACUUGGUGUUGUCUGGUGCAAUGUUUAUGUAAGCUGUGACGUUCUAGCAUGUAGUGCAAGUAUUUUGCAUAUGUGUUUUAUCUCACUGGGACGUUAUCUUGGCAUAAGAAAUCCACUUCGCACCAGGCACAUAUCAACAAAACGUAUGGUUGCAUUUAAAAUUGCUCUUGUUUGGGUAUGUGCCAUACUUGUAUCCAGUUCGAUAACAGUAUUAGGCCUGAUUAAUUCAUCAAAUAUUAUGCCAGCACCAGGAAUAUGUGUUAUAAAUAACCGGGCAUUUUUUAUAUUUGGUUCAUUGGUUGCAUUUUACAUACCAAUGCUUGUAAUGGUAGUUACUUUUGUACUAACCGUACAAUUAUUAAGAAAAAAAGCACGUUUUGUUGCUGAACAUCCGGAAAGUAAUCAAUUUCGUAGACUAGGUGGUGGAUAUUCAUCAACAAAAGUUAAUAAUAUUACAACAAGAACAUCAAAUGCAACAUCACAUCGACAAAUGUGGCGUAUGUCAGGUGGUAGCUCUUCAAGUGACAGCAGAAGUCGAACGUUAAAUGCCAGAAGUGGAAUAAAACAUCCAAGUUUUGAACUCAAUGGAGCUACAGUUGAGACAGAUAUAGCAUUAAAUGAAUCACGUAUUAUGGGAAGAACAGAUCAAGGCACUCAAACACCUGAGAAUAUUGCCAAGGAAACGAGAAACUUCAAACUGAAAUCACUGAGACUUCAUCUUAAUGUCACACCAACUAAUCUCAAUCUUAAGUUUCUUCAUGGUAAAUCAAAAAGAAGAUCAUUUGCAGCAAAUGCAGUUGCAACUGAACAAAAAGCAAGCAAAGUCUUGGGACUUGUAUUUUUUACAUUUGUUUUAUGUUGGUCACCAUUUUUUGUUCUCAAUAUAUUAUUUGCAAUAUGUCCAGAUUGUUCAGUACCACAUCAUGUUGUUGAUAUUUGUUUGUGGCUUGGAUAUGUAUCAUCAACAAUAAAUCCAAUAAUUUAUACUAUUUUUAAUAAAAUAUUUCGAGGAGCAUUUAUUCGUCUACUUAAAUGUAAAUGUAGCAGGUCAGUUAGACCACCAAGAUAUCGCUCUGUCACUGAAACUGGACGUGGUGCCAUGAGUUUAUGUACCCCAGGGACACUUCCAAUGGCAAUCAGUCUUCAAGGUACACCACUGUUAACUCCAACUUCUAAUCCACAAGUAACACCAGCAUCAGGAAGCUCAAUGAUAAAUCGUGGUACACCAAGUUCUUUAUAUCGUGAUACAUACGUUGAUGAACGUGAUAACAGUUGUUAAAUAUUUAUAUUCAUCGUAAAUAUUAACAAUUUGUGGUAGAAACAAACAAAAAAAAACAAACUAAUAAAUAUGUUUUACUAUUGAAUAAGAAGAUAUUUUUAUCUUCUUUAUUCAUGCCCAAGUGUUUCUAGAAAUUUACUGUGUAUUUAUUAAAAUUUUCUAAAUUUAAAAAGAAAACAAAAAACAAUCCAUCAUGAAUCAUAAUCAUUACCAAGUAAUUAUUUAAAAAUCAACUUUAAAAUAUUUAAAUUAUUUUUUAAAAAUAAAUGUACAUUAUUAACAGUUUUAUUUUAUUAGCUGAUAAAUAAAACUGAUAAAUGUAUAUUUUUUUCCGUGUCCGAAUUAAUAAAAAAUAUAUAUUAUAUAUAUAGUUAUAAAUAAGAAUAUAUUUUUCAGGGUUCUUAAAGCCUGUGAAUAUAAUAAAUAAUAAAAAAGCCAAAUAAAAUUAUAAUGAUAAUUGUUUUAGAAAUAUAUAUGUAUAUUUAAUUUUGAAUAAUUUGAUUGAUUAUAAUUGAUAAUAUCAAUGUGAAAUAAUUUUAUUAAAUGAUAGAUUGUUUUAAUUAAAAAACUAUCUGUCAAGUAUACUUCAAUUUUACUUGUUAAUUUAAUUUUUAUUAUUAUUUUUAAUUGUGUAUGUUAAUUAUUGUAUUGAUGAUGAAUAAUAUGAAUAUAUUUCAUUAUUAAUUUCGUUACAACUGAUGUAUGAAAAUGUGUUGUUAUAUGUAAAUAUAAAUAAUGGUUCAUGUGAAAAAACAAAAAGAAAAUUAACAAUAUGAUUUAAUAAUAGAAAAGAGAAUUAUUAUGGAUCCUAUUUGAAUGAUCGGGUAA